AUGGCGGCCGCGGCAUUUUUGUCUCUUUUGGCGUUUCUGAUUCGUCGAGCUUUCGGGGUUUUGAAGCUUUGGGGGUCAAAGCUUUGGGCCCGCGUCGUCGCCCCUGCCUUCAUCCAGGCCCGCACCUACGCCGAUGCCAAGGCCUCGCCCACCGAGGUCUCGACCAUCCUCGAGCAGCGGAUCCGCGGUGUCCAGGAGGAGGCUGGUCUCGCCGAGACCGGCCGUGUCCUGUCGGUCGGUGAUGGUAUCGCCCGUGUUCACGGCAUGGCCAACGUCCAGGCUGAGGAGCUUGUCGAGUUCGCCUCGGGCGUCAAGGGCAUGUGCAUGAACCUCGAGGCCGGCCAGGUCGGUGUCGUGCUGUUCGGUUCCGAUCGUCUCGUCGCUGAGGGUGAGACCGUCAAGCGUACCGGCCAGAUUGUCGACAUCCCCGUCGGCCCUGAGUUGCUCGGCCGUGUCGUCGACGCUCUCGGUAACCCCAUUGACGGCAAGGGCCCCGUCAACACCAAGGAGCGCCGCCGUGCCCAGCUCAAGGCCCCCGGCAUUCUGCCCCGCCAGUCCGUCCGCGAGCCCGUCCAGACGGGUCUCAAGUCCAUCGACGCCAUGGUCCCCAUCGGCCGUGGCCAGCGUGAGCUGAUUAUCGGCGAUCGUCAGACUGGCAAGACCGCUGUCGCCCUGGACGCGAUGCUGAACCAGAAGCGUUGGAACGACGGCAGCGACGAGAAGAAGAAGCUCUACUGUGUCUACGUCGCCGUCGGCCAGAAGCGUUCCACCGUCGCCCAGCUCGUCAAGACCCUCGAGGAGAACGACGCCAUGAAGUACUCCAUCGUUGUGGCCGCCACCGCCUCGGAGGCCGCUCCCCUGCAGUACCUCGCCCCCUUCACUGCAUUUAGAGACACUGGCAAGCACGCCCUUGUGAUCUUUGACGAUCUGUCGAAGCAGGCCGUCGCUUACCGCCAGAUGUCUCUGCUGCUCCGUCGUCCCCCUGGUCGUGAGGCCUACCCCGGUGACGUUUUCUACCUGCACUCCCGUCUGCUGGAGCGUGCUGCCAAGAUGAACGACAAGCUUGGCGGUGGUUCCAUGACUGCCCUGCCCGUCAUUGAGACGCAGGGCGGUGACGUGUCUGCUUACAUUCCCACCAACGUCAUUUCCAUUACCGACGGCCAGAUCUUCCUGGAGGCUGAGCUGUUCUACAAGGGUAUCCGCCCUGCCAUCAACGUCGGUCUGUCCGUGUCGCGUGUCGGUUCCGCUGCCCAGCUCAAGGCCAUGAAGCAGGUCGCCGGUUCGCUGAAGCUCUUCCUGGCCCAGUACCGUGAGGUUGCCGCCUUCGCCCAGUUCGGUUCCGACCUGGAUGCCUCCACCAAGCAGACCCUCAGCCGUGGUGAGCGCCUGACUGAGCUCCUGAAGCAAAAGCAGUACUCGCCGUACGCCGUCAACGAGAUGGUUCCCCUCAUCUUCGCUGGUGUCAACGGUUUCCUUGACAACGUUCCUGUUGCCAAGAUCCUGCAGUGGGAGGCCGACUUCCUGGCCCACCUGAAGACGAAUGAGAGCGAGAUCCUGGCCACCAUUGAGAAGGAAGGUGCCCUGAGCAAGGACACCGAGGCCAAGCUGCGCGACAUCACCGGUUCCUUCACCAAGAGCUUCCUGGGUUAA